AGCUGCUGCCACAACAUCCAAAGUUAGCCCAUAAAAUUUAACCAACCUAGCUAUCAGGAGUCGCCAUAGCCUGCUGCCGGCCAUGGGAGCACUACAAGCCCACCACUUCUCCUCUUCGGCGCCGCUGGCCGCCGCCGCCCUCGCGCUGCUGGCGCUCUGCUCGUACUACCUGCUCGUCGUCGUCGGCCGCCGCCGCGGCGGCGUCGGCAAGCCGGAGAAGCGGUACCCGCCCGUGGUGGGCACGGUGUUCCACCAGCUGUACCACGUCCGGCGGCUGCACGACUACCACACGGACCUGUUCCGGGGGCGCAAGACCUUCCAGCUGCUGGCGCCGGCCGGGCGGCGGCAGAUCUACACGUGCGACCCGGCCGUCGUGGAGCACAUCCUCCGGACCAACUUCGCCAACUACGGCAAGGGCGCGUUCAACUACGAGAACAUGACCGACCUGCUCGGCGACGGCAUCUUCGCCGUGGACGGCGACAAGUGGCGGCAGCAGCGGAAGAUGGCCAGCUACGACUUCUCCACGCGGGCGCUCCGCGACUUCAGCGGCGCCGUCUUCAAGCGGAACGCCGCCAGGCUCGCCGGCGUGAUCUCCGAUGCCGCGGAGGCCGGGCGGCCCGUGGAGUUCCAGGGCCUCGCGCUCCGGGCGACCAUGGACUCCAUCUUCGCCAUCGCCUUCGGCCUGGACCUCGACACGCUGGCCGGCUCCGGCGAGGGCACCCGCUUCGCCGCGGCCUUCGACGACGCCAGCGAGUUCACGCUUCUCCGCUACGUCAACGCCUUCUGGAAGGCGAUGAGGUUCCUCAACGUGGGGUCCGAGGCGGCGCUCCGGGACCGGGUCAAGGUCGUCGACGAGUUCGUGUACAAGCUCAUCCGCGACAGGGCACAGGAGCUCUCCUCUGGCAGCAAGGCACAGGACCACCCUGAUUCGAGGCAAGACAUGCUGUCCAGGUUCAUCGAAGCGGCCACGGACGAGUCCGGGACGGUGGACUACAAGUACCUGAGGGACAUCAUCCUGAACAUAGUGAUCGCCGGCAAGGACACGACGGCGGGGGCGCUGGCGUGGUUCCUCUACAUGGCGUGCAAGCACCCGGAGGUCCAGGAGAAGGUCCGCGAGGAGGCCGCAAGGGCCACCGGCGCCAGCGAGACGGCGACCGCGGAGGAGUUCGCGCAGAGCCUGACCGACGAGGCCCUGAACAAGAUGCACUACCUGCACGCCGCCCUGACGGAGACGCUCAGGCUGUACCCGUCGGUUCCCCUGGAUAACAAGCAGUGCUUGGGCGACGACGUCCUGCCCGACGGCUCCAGCGUGAGCAAGGGGGACAUCGUGUUCUACGCCCCGUACGCCAUGGGCCGGAUGAAGUACCUGUGGGGCGCGGACGCCGAGGACUUCCGCCCCGAGCGGUGGCUCGGCGGCGACGGCGGCGAGUUCCAGGCGCAGAGCCCGUUCAAGUUCACGGCGUUCCAGGCCGGGCCGAGGAUAUGCCUGGGCAAGGAGUUCGCGUACAGGCAGAUGAAGAUCUUCGCGGCCGUGCUCCUCCGGUCCUUGGCGUUCCGCCUCCGCGACGGCGAGGGGGAGGACGUCGGCUACCGCACCAUGAUCACGCUCCACAUCGACGGGGGGCUCCACCUGUCGGCGACGGCGAGGUGAGCGGGGCUGCCUGGUCCUGGUGGGUGGUGGCUAGCCCGCUCGCGCCGGCCUGGGCGCGUCGCGUCGCGUCGCGGCAUCAGGCAGCUGGCUGGCGCCCUCCGCGAGCGACGGAUCCCUGGACUUGCACGAGAGUAGACGAGCACUAGUGAUGCCGUGCAGCCACUCGCGCACCGCGUGUCCGCGUCGCCCGGUUGGGAGUAUAGUAUGGUAACAUCAGAACAUGGCAUGGGAAUAAAGUUGCGCACGGUCAGUGUCGCCGCGGUGGUGCCGUGGUACA